UUCGGGGAGAUUCGGCGGUAUUUUUCCAGGUUCGCCGAUGAUAAGAGGCAGGGCUGUGAAAGACGGAAGCUCAAGUGGUGGUGGGUCUGUUAUUAGGUCUUCAUUUGGGGGAGGGCUUUUGUCUAAAAUGGUGGAUUCGAAGGGGGAUUCGACCAGUCCUGCUUUGUUCAGGAAAAGCUGCGUGACUCCGUCUGUGUCGAAGUUUCCGAGGAGCAAGAGUGUUUGCGAUAGAGAGCCGAGGAUCCCUAGGAGUCCCUACAACACAGCUGAGAAGAAAAGUGUGACUCCACCGCCGAGCUUGCGCAAUGCGAGAGCGGCAGCUUCUCUGAAAAUGGGGGCCGGGGAUGCACAGAAUUCAGCAAACUCAAAGGUGGUGGUGGUUUCGCAACCGGAGUCUCAGUCCGGUAGCGACUACAAAAGUCUGGCAAUGAAUUUUCCUGGAAAGCUAAGCACGUUGGGAAAGGAAGCAAUGCAGCCGAGAGAAACAGCACAAAAGGUUGCACUUCAAGCACUAAGAGAUGCUUCAGCCACCGAAAAUCUAGUCCGGUCCCUCAAGAUGUUUUCAAACUUAAGCAAAACUGCGAAAUCAGAUGCACCGGCUGCCUGUUUCGAUCAGUUCCUGGAUUUCCAUACCCAAAUUGUGCAAGCAGUAGCUGAAAUGGUGUCCAUUCAAGCAGCAACAGCAACUGAAAUGGCCCAAACCCCGAACACAAAACAAUCUGAAGAAGACUCCUCCAUCUUAAAUGAACUCCCUCACAACUCCUUGGACGCGAAAGCAUCAUCCAAAAGAAGGAAUGUACUCUACAAAUCAAUCGCAGUGUUUCCUGAACGAAGUGAUCAGAAGACAAUCUUAGGGAAGCAUGUGAGAUCAUCAUGUCUCAAGGUGGUGCCCACUCCUCCCUCUUCCGAAAACGAUGAAAACAAGAAACCAGCUACUUGCUGCAGCCUUGGGAAUACGAUCAAGUUGGGGAGGCAGAUUGAGACCGAAGCGGGAAACUGGUUCAUGGAAUUUCUUGAGAAAGCUUUGGAGACGGGUCUGAAGAAAACGAAGGGGAGAGUAGAGGGAGAUGUGCAAAAAGUUCCUCGGUCGCUCAUAUUGAAGGUUAUCAACUGGGUGGAAGUCGAACGGUGUGAUUCUAGCAAAAGGCCUGUGCAUCCUAGAGCGGAGCAGGUGGCCAGGAAGUUAAGGAUCAAGAUGAAGAAUCCUUGAAUGGGGGCAAUAUAAUGUUAGGGUCAUAUCCUCCUCCUCCUAAAUAAGAACGUCUUUCGCUCGCCACUUUCUCGGUGGACGACUUUGCCCUUUGUGGUUUUGGCUUCUUGUUGGUUUUUUUGUUGGGCAAAAUCAUAAUUUCACUUCUUGAAUUUACUGGGCUACGUGUUUGUUUAAUUGUUUGUUGGGUCUAAGCAUGGAGUACGUGGCUUCAUUGUGUCCAGCCAGGUAUAGCCCUUCAACUUUACUUUCCCACUCUUUCUCUCUUAACCGAAUCACACCACCACGCCAUUGCUGCCCUCUCUCUCUGGAACGAAAUCCUCAUCGCCAUCACGCCAGUACUCCGUGAAUCGGAGAAGAUAAGGGACGUUGAGUUUGAGAGAUUUCGGGAAUGGAAACAUCAGAUCGCGAUGAGAAGGUUGCACGACUCUUCCCCUGGACUUGUAUUUCAACGCGGAAUUCGAGUUGCAUGUAGGUCGCGAUACAUGCGUUGAUGGACUCGCGAUUUUGUUGACGAAUUUACCAUAGGAUGCCAACAGAGCUACCAUGGUUUCUAGGGUUAAUCGCACGAACUUGUUAUGGGAGGAGUUGGUUGCUCAGAACAAGUGGUGAGUUUAGUUUAUGGUUUGGUCCCCCGUUCAUUACUAGAGUAUACAUCUUUGAUUUUUGCUACUUUGCUGCACUAUAGGUGAUUUGUUGUUU